UGCACCCAGAGCGCUGCAGCUCCCCCAGGACAUGCCCAGCAUCCCGGGAAAGGAGCCGUGAGGGGGAACAAACAGCUCCCAAAUUCCCAAGGAGCACCCAAAUCCCACGGUCAGCGGGAAGAUCCCAGCAAGACCCCGAGGACAUUCCACAAGCAUCAUGAGGCCUCCUGCCCCGGGCUUCGCUGCGCGCUCCUCGUCAGGAUCCAUCCCGGCUCCCACCGCUCUGGCCAUCCUCCUGAGCUGCCUCUUCUCCGGGAUACACAGCCAGACCCCAGGAGCCUUCCAGGAGAGCUCUGUGCCCCUGGAGGCGCUCAGCCAGGACCAGCACAGCCUGCUCCAGCCCGGGCUGCUCCGGGCCGCGCCCUCCAACCUCUCUGCGGGCCCCUCAGAGCCGCCGCUGCUGCCCGUGUGCGCCAGGCCCGCCGACAUCCGCCACGUCUUCAAGUACAUCAACACCGUCGUGUCCUGCAGCAUCUUCGUGGUGGGCAUCAUCGGCAACUCCACGCUGCUGCGCAUCAUCUACAAGAACAAGUGCAUGAGGAACGGGCCCAACGUGCUCAUCGCCAGCCUGGCCCUGGGCGACCUGCUCUACAUCCUCAUCGCACUGCCCAUCAACGUCUACAAGCUCCUGGCCAAGGACUGGCCCUUCGGAGUGCAGGUCUGCAAGCUGGUGCCCUUCAUCCAGAAAGCCUCGGUGGGCAUCACGGUGCUCAGCCUCUGCGCCCUCAGCAUCGACAGGUACCGAGCAGUGGCGUCCUGGAGCCGGAUCCAGGGCAUUGGGAUUCCCAUGUGGAAGGCCGUGGAGGUGCUGCUGAUCUGGGCCGUGGCCAUCGUGCUGGCAGUGCCCGAGGCCAUCGCCUUCGACAUGGUGGAGCUGAGCUACUGGGAGCAGCACCUGUGGGUGUGCAUGCUGGCCUCGGAGCAGAAAUCCCGCUUCAUGAGGUUCUACCGGGAUGUGAAGGACUGGUGGCUUUUUGGCUUCUAUUUCUGCCUGCCCUUGGUGUGCACGGGCGUCUUCUACACCCUCAUGUCCUGCGAGAUGCUGAGCAAGAGGAACGGGAUGAGGAUCGCUCUGAAUGACCACAUGAAACGGCGCCGGGAGGUGGCCAAGACCGUCUUCUGCCUGGUGGUGAUCUUCGCGCUCUGCUGGCUGCCCCUGCACCUCAGCCGCAUCCUCAAGAAGACCAUCUACGACCAGACAGACCCCAACCGCUGUGAGCUGCUCAGUUUCCUCCUGGUGAUGGAUUAUUUCGGGAUCAACAUGGCCUCCCUCAACUCCUGCAUCAACCCCGUGGCUCUGUACUUUGUCAGCCGGAAAUUCAAGAACUGCUUCCAGUCCUGCCUGUGCUGCUGGUGCCAGAGGCCGGCCCUGAGCAUCACCCCCACGGAUGAGAAGGGAUCUGUUGGGAAGUGGAAAGCCACGGGCCAGGAGCUGGGGCUGGACCGGAGCAGCUCCCGCCUGAGCAACAAGUACAGCUCUUCCUAAAUCCCUGCCACCAUCAAGGACAAGGCACAAGGACAGCGGGGCCCCUCCGAUCCUCUCCCAGGCUCUUCCUGGCUGGGCCUGAAUCAGCUUUGCCUCCAUGUCCUACCCCAGCUGGAAGGAGCUGGAGCAGCUCCAAACCCAGCCCCUGACCCCAGCGCUGCAGGACAGGGAAGGGCAUUCACAUCCUCACGGGAUCUUUCACUUCCUCGCAGGAAAAACAAGGGACCUCUGGCCAUUUCGGAACGUGGGGCGUGGGGAAAAGCGUGCGGGAAGGGAAGGAAGGUUGGGGUGGUCACUCUGAGAUGGAUGUGGGGUGAGGAGGAGAGGGAGAGCGACAAUUCCCAGCUGGAAAAGCCAACCAAAGCUUGGAUAAAUCCCUGUGAGGGACAGAGAUGUCCUGGUGGUCACGUGGAGGUGGGAAAGGCAGUGGAGAAGGUCCAAUCUCAGCUGGAAGAGCCACUGGAACCGUCUCAAAUAUGGGAAAGGGCUCUCUCCAAUUUAUUAUUGGCAAUAAUCCAUCCUCACAUUUACAUGCCAAUAAUUCAUCCCUAAAAAAAAAGUGAUUUUCCAGCAAUUUUCAAGGCCAGGUUGGACAGGGCUUGGAGCACCCUGGGACAGUGG